CGGGUUUCAUUUCGGCGCCUUUCUUUCUCUGGCGGAAGCCAUUGGCUGCCGUGGAGCGAAAGAGGCGGGACAAAUUGCCGCGGGUUCAGUGCCGCCACUGGAACCGGGAGAUGCGGCGUAGGAGCUGUCGCUGUGUUUCUCUGUACCUGCGUCUCGUCUCUUAUUGUGGUUCGUUCUGCGGCGUCGAUCAUGCUGUUACCCUCGGACGUUGCCCGGCUAGUAUUGGGUUACUUGCAACAAGAAAAUCUCACUUCUACCUGCCAGACUUUUAUUUUAGAAAGUUCAAAUUUAAAAGAAUAUGCAGAACACUGUACAGAUGAAGGUUUUAUCCCAGCCUGCUUACUGUCUUUAUUCGGAAAAAACUUGACAACAAUUUUGAAUGAAUAUGUAGCUAUGAAGGCAAAAGAAACAUCAAAUGAUGUCCCAGCAAUAAUGUCAUCUCUGUGGAAGAAGUUGGACCAUACACUUUCUCAAAUCAGAAGCAUGCAAAGUUCCCCAGGGCUUGCUGCCAGUCAGAGAGCCCGAACAAGAAAUGGAAUUGCAGAAAUCAAACGACAGAGAAGGCUUGCAUCUCAAACAGCUCCUGUCACUUCAGAGUUGCUGACUUUGCCUUAUCUUCCAGGACAAUUUAUCACUUCUCCUUUGACACCUACACAGGUUGUUCGACCAACUGGCCCGAUUUCAGCUCCACUGAAGUCAAAUUUUGUAGUGGUCAACCAUUCACAGUCACAAGAUACUGUAACUGCUGGAGAGACUUUAAAUAUGGUUCCUGGUCCUCAGGAAAGGAAAACUCAUGCCAGUUUAAUGUCUCCUGGUAGACGUAAAAGUGACUCUCAAAGAAAAAGUAUCAACUUUCCUGGGCCUCAUUCAACAAUACGGAAUUUGCAGGAUCCUAAUGCAUUUGCAGUAGAAAAACAAAUGGUUAUUGAAAAUGCACGAGAAAAAAUAUUAAACAACAAAUCUCUUCAAGAAAAGUUAGCAGAAAACAUUAAUAAAUUUUUGACGAGUGAUAAUAAUAUUGCUCAAGUACCUAAGCAAGCAGAUAGCAACCCUACUGAGCCAGAGACUUCAAUUGAUGAACUCUUGGGACUUCCGAGCGAAAUUCACAUGUCUGAAGAAGUUAUACAGGAUAUAUUGGAACAGACAGAAUCAGACCCAGCAUUUCAGGCCCUCUUUGAUCUCUUUGACUAUGGUAAAACAAAGAAUAAUAAGAAUAUAUCACAAAGCAUUUCUAGUCAGCAUAUGGAAACCAGUCAACAUAUGGAAACCAAUCAACAUAUGGAAACCAGUCCCAGUAUAAUUUUAGAAGAUGAAACUAAUGUAGCACCUAAAGGUACUUUUAAAACAGAAGAUUCUGAUGGACAGUCUGGUCAACCCUCAUUUUGUUCAUCCUAUCAAAAUGAAGAUGCAUUAAAUGCUUUGAAAAAUGGCAGCAACCAUGAUGGGCUUAGACAAGACGCCCAGGAAAAUUUUUCCCACAUAGGUCCUAGCAUCCAGAAGAAGGCCUUUAAAGCAACUGUACCUACUGAAGAGAAGUGUAACCUUGACAUUACUUUUGAGUCUGUGCCUAAUUUGAAUGACUUUGACCAAAGAGGAGAUUCUGUUGCUGAGUGUGAUGCACUCUACCCCACUCAGAUGUCUGCUGAAACUGAAAUGGCUAUGGAGGUUGAAAAGAAUUCUUUGUCUCCAAAUGUACAAGAUGAAUCUCACUUACAGCCUGAAGUACCAAUAACUUCACUUGUUUCACUUGGUGGUGAAGCUAACAAUGAAAAUCUACUCUCUGGGAAAAAUUCUCAACUUUUAUCUGAAAAUACUUCAUUAACUGAAAAGUCAUCCAAGAAAAAUCAGUUUUGUGAAAGUCCUAAUAAUUCAGUGGGACUUAAAACUAACUUCCAUGGUUCUAAGUCACCGAAGUCUAGUGAAAUUCAUGAGAGUAAAAUUGAAAUUAGUAAUGUGUUACCAGUUGUGUCACAGCAAUUAUCAGAUUGCCAAGAUAAUUCUUCACCACAAAGUAAAAUACUACCUUUAUCUGUGGAAAGUUCAAGUUUAAAUGUACAACAAGUAGAAAUUAGUUUUGGAGAGUCCAUCUCUUCUAAUAAACAACCAUCUAAUGAUUCAGCAUCUAUUGAAUUAAACCAUACAGAAAAUGAAACUGAGCCAUCCAAGUCUGAGAGAGUUACUUUGGAUUCACAAGACCCUUCAUCUACUAUAAAAGAAGUUGGAGAUGCCAUUUUUCUGUCUUUAGAUGGAAGUGAUAACUGUAGGGAAGUUGCAUUGAUGCCUCCAGAAGAUAAUUCUACAGAAAAUAGUCACUCUCCUCCUUCAGAAUCUGUGUGUUCUGCAGUGGGAGAUGCUCACCCUGAGUCCCAAAAUACUGCUGAUAAGCCUUCUAGUGACAACUCAGCAGAGAUAGAUGCAGCAAAUAUCGUCUCUCUCAAAAUUAUCAUUAGUGAUGAUCCAUUUGUUUCCUCAGAUACAGAACUUAAUAGUGCUGUUUCUAGUAUCAGUGGAGAAAAUUUGCCAACUAUAAUUUUGUCCUCUCCUGCUAAAUCACCUGCCAAAAACCCAGAGUUAGUUAAAUGCCUGUCUUCAGAAGAAACUGCAGGUGCUGUUGUAUCUGCUGAAGUAGGGGAUUCAGCCUCCAUGGAACAGAACCUUUUAGCACUCAAACUUGAGGACUCCGUUGUAAACAACACUCAGAAUGAAGAUAGCAUUGCUUUUCCAGCCAAUGUCACACCAUGUGUUUCCAAGGAUGGAGGAUACAUACAGUUGAUGCCAGCCACAAGCACAACUUUUGGCAAUUCGAAUAACAUUCUGAUAGCUACCUGUGUUACUGAUCCAACUGCAGCCUUGGGAACAACUGUAAGUCAGUCUAAUGUUGUAGUACUGCCCGGAAAUUCGGCACCUAUGGCUGCACAGCCCCCACCACCUCAGUUGCAGACACCACCAAGGUCAAACAAUGUAUUUGCUGUCAACCAAACUGUGUCACCAAACUUUUCACAAGGAUCUGCCAUCAUAAUUGCCUCUCCAGUGCAGCCUGUGCUCCAGGGAAUGGUGGGAAUGAUCCCUGUAUCUGUGGUGGGACAGAGUGGAAAUACCUUUUCUGCUCCUCCUCGGCAGGUCCUUCAUAUGCCUUUGGCAGCACCUGUGUGCAAUAGAAGUAUCCCUCAAUUCCCUGCCCCUGCAAAAUCUCAAAAGGCUCACGGACCAAGAAACAAGCCUUGCAUAGGAAAACAGGUAAAUAAUUUAGUGGAUUCUUCAAGUCAUUCAGUUGGAUGUCAUACACAAAGAACUGAAGCAUCAGACAAGAAUACAACCACAGAUCUUGGGAAAAAAUUGGAAGAAAUUACAGUUCCUUUCUCUGUAGAGAAUAUAGUUCCAACUAGCAAACCAUUUGAAAGCCACAGACGUGUGCUGUGUUUUGAUAGCACUUCUCCUGCGGCAAACACCCAGGGGACACACCCUAAGAUGGUGUCCCAAAUCAAAGAAAGGAAUGAAACUUCCAUUCCUAAUCUUGACUCACCCAUUGUGUCCUCCACCUUAAAACCUCCUUGUAAUAAUGCUGUCAGAAAAGAGAGAGAGAAACCGCCUAUGCCUAAGAUCUUAUCUAAAUCAGAAACAGCUGUUAGCCGACAUACCAAUGUAAAAGAAGCUCAAUCAGAAAAGAAAGGCUCGCCAACAGAAGUUCUGCUGGAAUCCUUCCAUAAAACAACAGCUAACAAGGAAAAUGAACUAUGCGGUGAUGUGGAAAGGCAGAAAAAUCCGGAAACCUCAAAGCUAUCCAUUGGGCAACAAAAUGGGGGGUUACGGAAUGAGAAAGCUAUGGCUUCACUGCAAGAACUGACCAAAAAGCAAGGCACAUCUUCAAAUGGUAAAAAUGUCAUUUCAGUAGGUACAGCUGUGAAGGAUCUCAAACAAGAGCAAAUGAAGUCUGCCAGUUCUUUGGUUACCACGGAAAUGUUACAGGAUGUUCAGUGGCAUAGCCCAGUAAAUAGGUUCAGUGAUAGCGAUUUACCUGUAGCCCGGACACCUGGUGCAGGGACAGGCGAAAAACAUAAAGAAGAACCUACAGAUGGUAUCAAAGCCCCUUCUAACAGGCGUUUUGGUGAAGACAGUAGCACAGCCAAAGUAAUGAUCCCUCCAGUCACCGCGGACUUGCCUGCCUGCAGCCCUGCCAGUGAAACAGGCAGUGAAAACAGUGUAAACAUGGCUGCCCAUACGUUAAUGAUUCUCUCCAGAGCAGCCAUCUCAAGGACUACUUCUGCAACUCCUCUGAAAGACAACACCCAGCAAUUUAGAGCAUCUUCAAGGAGCACCACAAAAAAGCGGAAAAUUGAGGAACUAGAUGAGCGUGAGCGAAACUCACGUACUUCUAGUAAAAAUCUUGCAAAUUCAUCAGUACCAAUGAAAAAGAAGAAAAUUAAGAAAAAGAAGCUACCCAGUUCAUUUCCAGCUGGAAUGGAUGUGGACAAGUUUUUAUUAUCAUUGCAUUAUGAUGAGUAAACACUCUGAACAUUUAAAAAUAGUAGCUAUUUAAAACUCAUAUCCCUUAAACUAUGAGUGUAGGGAAUGGGAUAUUGACAGAAAUCUGAAGCAUAACCUGCACUUUUAUUGUACUGAAAUUUCACUUUAUAUCUAAAUCAUGCUGUUUCUGAAGCAGCUCCCUAAUUUGUAAAUAGUUGGUAUAUUUUUAUUUUGGGGAAGAAAAACAAAUUUGCAGAAAUGUAAGUAAAGCCAAUCUGCAAAACUGUAUAGCUUUGACAAUUGUAUAUUGUAAAUAUUGUGUAAAUAUUAUUGAAAUUGAAGUUAAAUCAACCUAAUGUUCUUAUACUUUUUUUGACCUUAUGAUUCCUAAUUCCAAGGCGUAUUCAUAUGGAAUAGUUUCUCAAUUUUGGAGGAAAAUGAUGCUUAUCCUUAUAAAUUACUUUCAGUAACUGUUCAGUAAGACGUUUAAAUACAUAGCCGCUAAGUAGAAAAACUGAUAACCGCCUCAACUGAUAGUAAAGUAUCUAAUCAGAAAUAAACAGUUUUGAUGGGUUUUUUUCUAGAGUGGAUACCGCCCCUUUUUGUAAUCACAGUAAAUAGUAUAUUCCUGGGAUUUUACACUGUUAGCUGUUUCUUCUGCUCGUUCAGUUCUCUUUGUUUUAAAGAGAGAAUUUUGUAAACCAUUUAUUGAGUGUUCUGAUAUUUUUUUUGUAACUUUUAAGAUCUACAGAACAUUUAAGUGGUAAGUGGUUAGACUGUUGAGCCAUAAAAAGUUUCAUAAUAUACUGGUUGAGAUAUCUUGGUAUGUAUAUAUUUUUCCCCUAAUUACUGGGGAUUUAAAGAAUUGCACUAAUUCAUAGCAUUCUUUAUGUAGUAGUGACCAAUGCACAUUUUAUUUAAAUCUUGAUUUCUGUGUUAAACCUGUGUGGAGGGUUAUCUUCUGGUGUCUGUCUAGUAAGUCAUGUCCAUCGUAAGAUGUAAAAAGAGAAAUCAUAGUUAUAUAUUUUAUUUAGUUUCUUCUAAAGUGGGGUAUGCUAGAUAACUAUCUUUACUGUAAGUCCCUUAAAGUGUUAAAAUUACUCUCAAAAAGGCCCUUAAGGGGAGUGAGAGAGGUGCCUUCUCUGUAAUUAGACUCACACACAUUCUUCAAGUUAAAUAAUUGGUUUAGACUUCUAAAUGAAAACAGAAAGUAUUAUUAGUACCUGACCAAUUGUGCCUAGAUAUUAAAGUAUGUUCUCCUAAGUGCUUUUUAUUUAAUUAAAUACAGCCUAAUAGGAUUUUCUCCAACAAGUGUAUAUUUUGUUAAACACUUUCCUUGAUCAUUUUUUGUACUAGGCCUUGAAAAAAAUGAAUCCAUUCUGUUCUAACACAACAUUCUCAAUGCAGAAAUCUUGUCUUCUUAAUUGCUGAAACUUAUUGCAGAAAUUUGUCUUGUAAGAAAUUUUUUAUGAUAUGGCAAUCGUCUGUUCCUACGGAACUAAAUAUCAGUUUGUUUAUUUAACUCAACUUGAUAUACUCCAGUUAGGUUUGAAUAAAUAUUUUCAUUAACUUCAAAAGUUUGAAUUACUUUAUAUUGGCAAAGAAAUUUGGAUUGAAUUGCUUUGCUAGCAGUAAAUUCUUACUGGUUUUUCAGGAAUUCAUAUAAUGCUAAAAUUACAUAUUAUCUCAAUUUUAUUUAUAUGUGCUAAGUAAUAGAGAACUUACACAAAUAAAACAAGUUCACUUUGUUCACAAACUUAGGAGCCACUAAUUGUAGUCUAAAGACAACUUACUCUUGGAACUUUAAUAUCCCUGAGCAAAACCUUAAUCCCCAUUUUACGUUUAAAGAGCAAAUGUCUUGAAUUCAAUUGUAUUGUUGUAUCUGGUAGCCUGUGUUAAUAAUUAGUUGCCAAGUUACUGCAUUUCAGAGUUAAAGUAUACCACAAACAACAAGUGGCUUUUUAUAACUACAUGUAAGGUAAGGAUCCUGCUUAUUGAAGUCAGUGUAUGCCAAAUCUGAGAAGUCUUGGAAUGAAAGUACUUGAUUAUUUUUGCUAGUGGGAAUGUUAUAAUACCCUAUACUGUGUUGAAAUUGGGCAUGACAUGAAAAAGGCAUCCAUCAGUAUUCAGGCAAAGGCUGGAUAUCAUGAUUGUUAGGAGACCAAGAUCAGUGCUUUAUCUAGGAAUAAUUUCGAAGUCAUAUUACUAUGUAGUGUUUUUUUAAGAUUCUAAAUACAUUUUGCAAAAAUUCUUCCAGAAGAUUUAUGAAACAACAUUUCUAACAUCAAAUUGUUAUUGCUUCUGUAGCAAAUGUUUAUUCUUCGCCAGAAAUAUAUAUUCAACUACUUCAUCACUUGAUUCUACACUUUUAUUUCUUAAUUUGUCAAAAUUAGAAGUUAGCUUUUAACCCAUAUAUAAUUUGUUUGGAUACCCAGUUUGAAGAAAAGAUUAAAGUACCCUUCUCUUACAUUUAUUUGUUUUUACUUAUUUGAAAGGCAGAGCAAGGGAGAAAGAUCUUGAUUAGCUGGUUCAGUCCCUAACUGCCUGCGACUUCUGGGAUUGGUCCAGAAAGCAGGAACUCCAUCCAGGUCUCUCAUGUGGGUGACAUCACCUGCUGCCACCAAGGGUUUUCAGCAGCAGGAAGUGGAACUGGACGCUAACCCAGGCUUGGGUUGUGGGCAUCUCACGUAGCUCCUUAACUGUUCUGCCACACACUCAUCCCAAUAAUUUUGUUGUCAAAAAAAUAAAAUAAAAAUUAAGCUGCAUUACAAGCUCAUGGAUGGGGAAAAGUCAUGGAAAAUGCAUAUUAUGAAAAAUGUGUAUGUAGAUUUCAAAAUGUUUUUGUACCAAAAAUGUCGUUUAAUUCGAUUUUCCAUGAACUUUUUAGAAGUACCCUUGCUUACUUCAGAGUAGGGUUGCUGAGUCACAGUAUGUGUCUAAAUUUCCUCAAAGGUUUUCAUUUUCCAGAGUGUGUGGUAUCAAUUUAUACCAUACUCAACACAGUGUAAGGAAAGCCCUAGUUUGUUUUGUUUUGUUUUGUUUAUUUGACAAGCAGAGUUAGAGAGAGAGAGACAGAAAGGUCUUCCUUUUUCCAUUGGUUCACCUCUCAAGUGGUUGUCGCAGCUGGCGCGCUGCGCCGAUCCAAAGCCAGGAGCCAGGCGCUUCUUUCUGGUCUCCCAUGCGGUGCGGGGCCCAAGGACCUGGGCCAUCCUCCACUGCAUUCCCGGGCCACAGCAGAGAGAUGGACUGGAAGAGGAGCAACCAGGACUAGAACCCCGGGUGCUGGCACCGCAGGCAGAGGAUUAGCCUAGUGAGCCGCAGCGCCGGCCAAGCUCCAGUUAUUGCACAUUAUUGCCAACAUGUGAUGUUUUCAUUUUAGUAGUUUGUGUUGGGGGUUUGAUUUUUUUUUUUUCCCUGAACACCUUUUCAAAUAUUUAUUGACUGGGUAUCUUUUGUGAACUGUCCAUGUCUUCUGCCCAUUUUUAUAUUGGCUUUUCUGCCUUUUCUAUCAUUUGUAGGUGUUCUUUCUGUAUGUAGAUAAAAGUCCUUUUCUAGUUAGAUAUCAUAUUUUGGAUGUUUUAACACAUUUUUGUUUCAAAGAUGCUUUGUUCUUCAACCUAUUAUAAUAUAAAGUAUCUUCUAUCCAUUGCAGUAGCCAUGGUUGGGCCAGGCCAAAGCAAGGAACCCAAAACUCAAUCUGGGUCUGUCACCUGCAAGGCAGGGACCCAAAUAGUUGAGCCAUCAUCUACGGCCUCCCAGGAUGCACAUUACCAGGAAGCUAGAUCCAAAGUUGAGUAACAGACUCCAGGCAUGCAGAUGUGGGAUCUGGGAAUCUGAAGCAGCAAAUUAACUCUACCAAACAGUUGAGCUGCUUUUUUUUCUUAAGUGUGCUGAUAACACACAUGACAGUUAUAUUUUAAUUCCUACAUUUUCUGUAAUGAAUGACUUCUAUUAGUGCUAGUGAAUAGUCAAGUGCCUUUUUUAUUUACUGAGUACAUAUUAUCUGUUAAUAAUUGUUACAGCCAAUUUUACUGCUUCUUACUGUACUGCUACUAACACAGGAAGUAUAAAUAAUGAUCAAAGUAGGUUUCAUUGUCUUGUUCCUCAUAUAAAUAGGAAUGAUAAGUAUAAUGUUGGCUUUUGUUUGUAGGGCUUCAAGAAUGUACAUCUGGAAUAUUUCUUCAGUUUAACCAGAUGUUCUUCUAACAUCAAUUAAAAUAUUUUCAUUAAGAUCAUCAAUUUAUUUUCAUAUCAGUCCUAAUUAAAAUUACCUUGUGAUCUUAAUGAUUGAUUCUUUAAAUAUAACUAAAUUUGGUUUGUGAAAAAAAAUUUUUUUUUUUUUUUUUUUUUUUUUUUGGACAGGCAGAGUUAGAGAAAGGUCUUCCUUUUCCGUUGGUUCACUCCCCAGGUGGCUGCUACGGCCGGCGCACAGUGCUGAUCUGAAGCCAGGAGCCAGGUGCUUCCUCCUGGUCUCCCAUGCGGGUGCCGCAUCCCCCACUGCCUUCCUGGGCCACAGCAGAGAGCUGGACUGGAAGAGGAGCAAUUGGGACAGAAUCCAACACCCCGACCAAGACUAAGACCUGGGGUGCUGGUGCCGCAGGCAGAGGAUUAGCCAAGUGGGCCGCGGCGGCAGCCUUUUUUUUUUUUUUUUUUUUUUUUUUUAAAUAUUUAUUUAUUUAUUUGAAAGUGUUACACAGAGAGAGGAGAGGCAGAGAGAGAGGUCUUCCAUUGAUGGUUUACUCCCCAAAUGGCUGCAAUGGCUGCAGCAGAGCCAAUCUGGAGCCAGAAGCUUCUUCCUGGUCUCCCACGUGGGUGCAGGGGCCCAAGGACUUGGGCCAUCUUCUACUGCUAUCCUGGACCAUAGCAGAGAGCUGGACAGGAAGUGGAGCAGCAGGGUCUCAAACCGGCGCCCAUAUGGGAUGCCGGCGCUUCAGGCCAGGGCAUUAACCUACUGCAUCACAGCGCCAGCCCCUUGUGAACUUCUUGAGAUUUGCUUUUAAUGAAAUUGGUUUCAAACUUUCAUCAUUUUUUUUUUAAAGAUUUAUUUAUUGGGGCCAAUGCUAUGCCGCCUGUAGUGCUGGCAUCCCAUUCGAGUCCCAGCUGUUCCACUUCCAGUCAAGCUCUCUGCUAUAGCCUGUGAAAGCGGUAGAAGAUGGCCCAAGACCUCAGGCCCCUGCAUCCACGUGGGAGACCCAGAAAAGGCUCCUGGCUUCAGAUAGACACAGCUCUAGCCUUUGCGGCCAUCUGGGGCAUGAACCAGUGAAUGGAAGACCUCUCUCUCUCUGCCUCUGCCUCUCUGUAACUUUGCCUUUCAAGUAAGUAAACAAAUCUUUUAAAAAAAUAUUUAUUUGAAAUAGAGUGUCUUCCAUCCAUUGAUUCACUCCCUAAAUGGCCACUAUGGCCGGAGCUGGCCCAUCCAAAGCCAGGAGCCAGGAACUUCUGGGUCUCCCACGUGGGUGCAGGAGCCCAAGGUCUUGGGACAAAUUCUACUGCUUUGCCAGCCCAUAGUAGAGAUUUUAAGUGGAGCAGCCGGAACUUGACCUGGCACCCAUAUGGAAAGCUGGCACUGGAGGCAGCAGCUUAACCCACUAUGCCACAGCACCAGCCCCACUUUUACCAACUUUUGAAAUAAAUUUGAAACCUUUUCUUUCCAGUUCAUCUGAAUUUUGGGGAUAAUGAAUUGUACCUGUCUUAAGGUUGAAGUUUAAAUAAAACAGUAUAUAUAGGUCUACACCUGGAAAACAAUAAGCACUAUUUAUUUUUUAGAUUUUUAUUUAUUUGACAGGUAGAGUUAUAGAGAGAGGGAAAAAUAGAAGUCUUCCAUCCACUGGUUCACUCCCCAAAUAGCCGCAAUGGCCAGAGUUGGGCCAGUCCAAAGCCAGGAGCUUCUUCUGGGUCUCCCACGUGGGUGCAGGAGCCCAAGCACUUGGGCCAUCUUCUACUUUCCCAAGACAUAGCAGAGCGCUGGAUUCGAAGAGGAGCAGCUGGGAGUAGAACCAGCCCCAAUAAGCACUUUUAAGAACUAGUUGCUGUUGUUUUUCCUGCCACAGUUUAUUUAGAAUGGGAAAUAACUGUUCCUUGAGACUAAAUCAGUAAACCAUCUGUGCCUGGAGCCUUUUGCUUAAGCAGUUUUCCAAUUUUUUUUUUUUUCACCUAGAUUGAUUAUAUCUAGUCAGUAUGAGCUUUUUUCUGAGUCAAAUUUCAUGUUUUUCCUCUCCAAUUUCUGCUUGUAUUCUAAGUUGGAUGUCACUAAUUCUUUUCUUACAAAAACACAGAUUUAGCAACUGCAUUCUUUUUUGUUUUUAAAGAUUUAUUUUAUUUAUUUGAAAGUCAGUGUUCGAGGUGGGGGAGAGAAGAGGUCUUCCAUCCACUGGUUUGCUCCCCAAAUGGCUGCAAAGGCCAGCAGUGGCCCAACCCCAAGCAGGAUGCUGGCCCCUACAUUCCUUUUUGAUUUACUAUUUUCUACUUAAUUCUGAGCCUUUGUUUUUCUCAGGGUCCCUUUUGCAUGUACAUUUAACCUUUGAAAUUGAAUAAAGAGUUAUUUCAUUUUGUUUUCCUUGAGCUAUAUAAAUAAUUUCUGAUUUCAAGUUUGAACAUCAAAAUCUAGGAGAUGGAGAAAGUGUUUUAAUUUUUUAAAUAUUAAACGAACAGUAAGAGGGAGGGAUAGACAGAGAUCAUCCAUCCGCUGAUUCAUUCCCCCAAAUGGCCACAGAGCCAGGGCUGGGCCAGCCCGGAGCCAGGAGCUUCUUGGUCUCCCAAGUGGGUGCAGGGGCCCAAAGAUUUGGGCCAUUUUUUGCUGCUUUGCCAGGCACAGUAGCAAUGCGCUGACUCAAACCUGCACCCACUUAGGGUGGUGGCAGCAGUUUAACCCUUUGCACCACAAUGCUGACAGCUGAUUUUUAACUUAAACAUAAUUUUUUAGAAUGAGUGUAUCAUGUUCUUUUUUUUACUUAAAAAUUUGGUUUUAUUAUGAUCAGAGUAGAUAAAAAUUUUGAUGUUGGAUGGGUACUUUCAGUCUCACUUUUAACACUUUUUCAUAAAUGUUUAAUUUCUCACUAUGAUUAUCUUGGCCAUAAUUUUUGCUUUGAUACUGUGCAAUGAAUGACCACCAUAAUUUCAUUUAAAAGCAAUUGAGAGGCAGGGAGAGAGAGUGCAUAUCAACCUGCUGGUUCCACUCUCCAGAUGUCCAUAACAGCCAGGCAAGGCUGGGGCCAAAGCUGGUAGCCAGGAAUGCUAGGAAUGCCACGUCACUCAUGCAGGUGGCAGGAACCCAGGAUCCAUGUUGGCAGGAUUAUGGAGUCAGGAGCCAGGAAUGAAACCCAGGUACUCCAGAGGGGGUCAUUGGCAUCUUAACAACUAGGCUAAAGGCCUAUUCCCAUAACUUCAUUUUGAGUAAUCUUUAUAUAACAGUUUUCCUAUCUUAAAACACUUUCUACCUUUCUAAUAAUUUGUGAUAUAUACUAACAUUUUUCACUUUCUAACUGUUUUUUGGCUUCAAUCAUCUGUAGUAAUUUAAGACUCAUUCUUCUGGUGUUUGCCUAAAUUUUGCAGAUGUACUCUGAAUCCUUAUUUCACAGUAUCUUCCUUUCUUCCUCAGCCAUUGUAAGUAGUUACAUAAACUUCCACAUUCCUGAAUGUUUUUUUUUUUUUUUUUUUUAAUUUUUUUGACAGGCAGAGUGGACAGUGAGAGAGACAGAGAGAAAGGUCUUCCCUUGCCGUUGGUUCACCCUCCAAUGGCCGCUGUGGCCGGCGCACCGCGCUGAUCCGAAUCCAGGAGGCAGGUACUUCUCCUGGUCUCCCAUGCGGGUGCAGGGCCCAAGCACCUGGGCCAUCCUCCACUGCACUCCCGGGCCACAGCAGAGGGCUGGCCUGGAAGAGGGGCAACCAGGACAGAAACUGGCGCCCCGAUCAGGACUAGAACCCGGUGUGCUGGCGCCGGAGGCGGAGGAUUAGCCUAGUGAGCCGUGGCACCGGCCCACAUUCCUGAAUUCUUAAAUCAUCUUUCCCUGGCUGGUGUAAACCUUUGUUAAUUUUGGAGUUCCUACACUUUCUAAGUAUCUUACCACUUUAUUCCAAUGAGAAUGUUUAGUCAGUUGUCUUCUGGCAUUUAUGUUUCCUAUUAUAUUAUUGCUUCAUAUACUGCUUGUGUGUUGCUUCCUCUACAUUUUUUCCUGGGAUUGUCAGCACUUUUCACAUGUUUACCACAUCGCUGCCCUUUGGUUGCCUCGUUAACUCUGCUUAUCAGUAAAAAUAUUCUGAGUACCCUCUUCUCCUAUUUUAUCCAACUCCUGGGUCAGUUAUGUUAGGGUGGAUACUUACCGGAAAGUGACUAAAGCCUAGUGGAACCUGGGCUCUGAAGACUGACUAGGGUUUGAAAGCUAGGUCGGCUGCUUGCCAGCUGUUGGACUUUGGUAUUUACUUCGUCAUUCCUUUUACCUCAUUUCCUAAUCUAUGAAGUAGACAUAACUGUCCCUACCACUGACUUUUUGGGAGAUUCAAUGAGUACAAAUUAAGGUUUGAGGAUAGUACUUAGCACCUGAAUUUCAAGUUAGUUGUGAUUACUCUAUAGAUGUUUUUGAAAGUAUUCUUCCCCUGAGUUGUAAGAAUAGUUUUUUUCCCAUAUAUGCAUUGUCUUUUGUUCUUUAAAGGUAAGGGUUCACAAGAAUUACUUGGCAAGAUAGCUGUGCACAAUGGCCUUUACUGCACCCUCUGUUUCCCCACUGAAUUUUCCCUUCUCACAGUUACAAUUGAGGCUAAUAUAAAUAGCACCUGCUACAAUGUUUUUUUUUUUUUUUUUCAGAUGAAAAUGUAAUUCAAGAUAUUGGUGCUCAGGUCCGUCCUGCCUAUGAACAGGCAUUGUGGCCAGCUUUGUCGAUUCCUGUUAAAUGAAAAAGGUUUGUUCAUCUCUGUGAGGAUGCUUCAGAAAACAUGUGGAAAAUAAAAUUAAAAGGUAAGCUUAUUUUGGAGUCAAAAUUUAAAAUCCAGGCCGGCACCGCGGCUCACUAGGCUAAUCCUCCACCUUGCGACGUCGGCACACCGGGUUCUAGUCCCGGUUGCCCCUCUUUCAGGCCAGCUCUCUGCUGUGGCCAGGGAGUGCAGUGGAGGAUGGCCCAAGUGCUUGGGCCCUGCACCCCACGGGAGACCAGGAGAAGCACCUGGCUCCUGCCAUUGGAUCAGCACGGUGCACCGGCCGCAGCACAGCAGCCAUUGGAGGGUGAACCAACGGCAAAAGGAAGACCUUUCUCUCUCUCUCUCACUGUCCACUCUGCCUGUCAAAAAAAAAAUUUUUUUUUAAUCCAUGCAUAGUUUUCAUAUGUAUUUUCCAUGAGAUCCUUCUAUACAUUUAUUUAUGACAUCAAAACAAAUGCCUUAAUUCAAUUUUCACGAACAGAAACUGUUACGUUUCUGAACAGAUGUAAAUACUCGUGACUUUAAACUCUUACUAUAUGAUCUGUUUUAUUUUAGUCAUUCUCUGGGCUAAUUAUCCUUAAGCUAAUACCUUUACAGUCUUUCCCAGAAUCGAAUACAUAGGGUUUCUGUCUCUGAUUCCACUGCUUACUCUGUAAGACCUCCUGUCAGCAGAUCCCAUUCAAGAGCGAUACCACUACUUCUGGGACUUACCAUUACCAGCAUUCCCUUUUAUAUUUAAUUUUUUAAUGCCACUCCAUCCUUUGCCUUUUUAGAAUAUAGUAAUUCAGUUAUAAAAUUCUUACCUUUUUUCAAUGUCUAUGGAAAAUGUGGUUUGGGGGUUAUACUUUAUUUUUGUCAUUCUUUUUCCUCAUACUGUUUUCACGAGAAGUAGAAAGAUUAAGAUCAAACUGUGUGCUUUGGCAGAUGAGUAAUAUUUAAAAUAUAAAACCUGCAGUAUAAACCUGGUAUAAGCAAAGAAGGUAGCCACUGAAACAGUCCAUCACUGUUCUCACCUUUGGUACAGCAUAUGCAGGUGCAAUUGGAAAGUCAAUAGGGUCUACAGCAGCAUCAGCAAAUGCUAUUUAAAAAAACAAAAGUUGGUAAAUGUUUCUUUACAAGCACCCAAAGCUGUAUCUGCUAUACAUAAUAUACAAAAGACAAGCCAUUUACAGUAGACUUCCUAAUCCCUAUAAGACAUGUAAACAUAUCUGUUCCUUUUCUAAAUUUCUAAACUGUAUACUAAUCAGCUAAGAGUUUGAUUUGCAUGGGGAGGAGGUUGAAGGGAAUCUGCCUGAAGGGGACAAGGGCACUGUCUACAGAUAUUUUUGUCACAACAGGUAGGAGGGAUGCCAGUGGAAAUUAGUGAAUACAGGCCAAGGAUAUUGCUAAAUACACCACAGCACACAGGAGAGCCUCCAUAACAAAGAACUACUUAGUGCAAAAUGUCAGUAGUGCUGAGGUUAAAAAAAAAAAAAAAAAAAACAUGCCCUGGAGUGUUGUGGUGCAGCAGGUUAAUCUUGCCUGCGUCAUCAGCAUCCCUUAAGAGCACAGGUUUGAGAGCAGGUUGCUUUACUUCCAAUCCAGCUCCCUGCUAAUGUGCCGGAGAAAAACAAAAGAUGACUCAAGGGCUUUAACCUGGCCCAGCUAUAGCUGUUGUAGCCAUUUCGGGAGUGAAUCAGCAGAUGGAUGAUCUCUUCUGUGUUUCAAAAAAAUAAAUAAAUAAAUAAA